UACCUCCAGACAGGUGGAGACGCGACGUUCAUCGCCCUGAACAAUUUGGGAAUGAAUUUCGACUCAUCGUUACCAGCAAAAAAUUUAGUGAUCCAUAAUAUAAGGUUUUAUUGGACUGAUCUCAUCUGAAUUUUAUCAAAAGGAAUAUUGUCCCAUUUGGCCGUAUACAUUGGAUCACGGCAUCACGCAGGAUUGUGUCAUUUCCCCUUGUAUCACAGGAAAAUUCCCUGGUUUAUGGGAAAUCCCGUUGCUCGUUUUCCAAAACGACAAUAAUAACGGUUCCAUUUGCAGCAUGCCCGAUUUUUUCUGCUUCCCACCGGACUCUUAUCUGACCACUGCACAAAUUUUUGACUACUUUAUGUUUAACUUCCAGCGCUUUAACAAGACUCGCACACCUUUUGGCAUCUUUCAACAUGUUAAUUGGUUCCUUGACAGCCAGGCUGUUCUCGAGGGAUUUCUUAAAUUUCUAGACCAUUUGGUGACCCUUGACUAUGUAUACAUAGUCCCGGUCAGCAAGGGCAUAGAGUGGAUGAAAAAUCCUCAGACAUUGGCGCAGAUGAAGGAAAAUUAUAUCUUUAGUUGUGAUCCUUCUUCCGUCGAUGAGGCACCAUGCCCAGCACCACAAGUUUGCCAUUACGUCGACAAGUCUAUUCCAGGAGGUAAACGAACCAUGGGCUCUUGCGUUCCUUGUCCAUUAAAAUAUCCCAUGCUGGACACGUCCGAGCCCAUCAUCCCUCAAACUGAGACGACUCCGAUUGAAAAUCCGCCUUAUUUCGAUUGCAAGGAUAAACAGUACGACAGCUACCAGAAUCCAGCCUCUAACUGUUCCAGAACCUUCUUCAUGUGCUCCAACGGAAAUGCUUAUCUUUUAACUUGUGCUCAUCCGGAAACCAUCUACCAACAAGAUAUUAAGGCUUGCGAUUGGGCGUAUAAAUUCUCCGGUGUGCGUUGAAUUAAAUCUUUUUAAAAUGACACGC